AUGAGAACACUUGGAGCUAUGGUAAUAACGCUGGUGGUAGUGGGGACUGGAAUUUUCCUCCCUUUCAUCCUGAGAAGCAGAAACGUCUUGUGGGGAAAGACUAUGAAGUCCCGUGUUAUCAGUGUUGUGGAAACGAGCCAGCUCAUGGUAGACAAUGCAGUCUACAAUACUAUGAAAAGAAACCUCAAGAAAAGGGAAGUCCUUUCUCCAGCCCAGCUUCUCUCCUUCUCUAAGCUGCCAGAGUCUACCAGUGGGGCUAUUUCCCUAGCAGCAGAGAUCAUGGAAACAUCAAUACAAGUCAUGAAACGUGAACAGUCACAGUUCUCCACGGAUGCCCUAUCAGAAGACAUUCUGGGCACAAUUGCAAACCUGUCAGGAUGCUUGCCUUUCAUGCUGCCACCAAAAUGUCCUGACACCUGCCUGGCAAAUAAGUACCGGCCCAUCACAGGGGCGUGCAACAACAGAGAUCACCCCAGAUGGGGAGCCUCCAACACAGCCCUAGCAAGAUGGCUGCCUCCUGUCUAUGAAGAUGGCUUCAGUCAGCCCAGAGGCUGGAACCCUAAUUUCUUAUACCAUGGCUUCCCACUGCCCCCGGUACGGGAGGUGACAAGGCACCUCAUUCAAGUUUCGAAUGAGGCUGUGACCGAAGAUGACCAGUACUCUGAUUUUCUGCCAGUGUGGGGACAGUACAUCGAUCACGACAUUGCUCUCACACCACAGAGCACCAGCACGGCAGCCUUCUGGGGAGGUGUUGACUGCCAGCUGACCUGUGAGAACCAAAAUCCCUGCUUCCCCAUACAGCUUCCUUCAAACUCCUCAGGGACCACUGCAUGCCUGCCUUUCUACCGCUCCUCAGCUGCCUGUGGCACUGGGGACCAAGGAGCACUCUUUGGCAACCUGUCUGCAGCCAAUCCGAGGCAGCAGAUGAAUGGCUUGACCUCCUUCCUUGAUGCUUCCACUGUGUACGGGAGCUCCCCUGGCGUUGAGAAGCAGCUGCGCAACUGGAGCAGUCCCGCGGGGCUGCUGCGUGUCAACACUCUCCACCAAGACACUGGCCGUGCCUACCUGCCCUUCGCAUCAGCCGCCUGCGCUCCAGAGCCUGAUGCUCCACGCGCCACCCGCACGCCCUGCUUCCUGGCUGGCGAUGGUCGUGCCAGCGAGGUCCCUGCCCUGGCUGCGGUGCACACCUUGUGGCUGCGGGAGCACAACCGCCUGGCUGCCGCUUUCAAGGCCAUCAACACACACUGGAGCGCCAACACUGUCUACCAGGAGGCACGCAAGGUGGUAGGGGCACUGCACCAGAUCAUCACCAUGAGGGAUUAUAUCCCCAAGAUCCUGGGUCCCGAUGCCUUCAGCCAGUAUGUGGGCCCCUAUGAAGGCUAUAACCCCACUGUGAACCCUACUGUGUCCAACAUCUUCUCCACUGCUGCCUUCCGCUUUGGCCAUGCCACAGUCCAUCCUCUGGUGAGACGACUAAACACUGACUUCCAGGACCACACAGACCUCCCCAGGUUGCAGCUGCAUGAUGUCUUCUUCAGGCCCUGGAGACUUAUCCAGGAAGGUGGUUUGGAUCCAAUAGUGAGAGGCCUCCUGGCAAGACCAGCCAAGCUGCAAGUACAGGAGCAGCUGAUGAAUGAGGAGCUGACCGAGAGGCUCUUUGUGUUGUCUAAUGUGGGCACCUUGGAUCUGGCAUCACUAAACUUGCAGAGGGGCCGGGACCAUGGCUUACCAGGCUACAAUGAAUGGAGAGAGUUCUGUGGCUUGUCACGACUGGAGACACCAGCUGAGCUGAACAAGGCCAUUGCCAACAGAAGCGUGGUCAACAAGAUAAUGGACUUAUACAAGCAUGCUGACAACAUUGAUGUCUGGUUGGGAGGCCUGGCUGAAAAUUUCUUGCCGAGGGCCCGCACUGGUCCUCUGUUUGCAUGUAUCAUUGGGAAGCAGAUGAAGGCUCUGAGGGAUGGGGACAGGUUUUGGUGGGAGAACAGCCAUGUCUUCACAGAUGCUCAGAGGCAGGAACUAGAAAAGCAUUCACUCCCCCGCGUCAUCUGUGACAACACUGGCCUCACCAGACCCCCAUCUCCAAAUGUAGUGCUGUGCAGAUACAGGGUAUUGGAGCAUAAAGUUUUAAUGAAGAAGUGCAACUCUGCCCACAACAACAAGUGUGUCUUCCCAGAGAAGGUGGACAAUGGGAACUUUGUGCACUGUGAAGAAUCUGGAAAGCUGGUAUUAGUGUAUUCCUGUUUCCAUGGAUACAAGCUGCAAGGCCAGGAGCAGGUCACAUGUACCCAGAAUGGAUGGGACUCAGAGCCUCCUGUCUGUAAAGAUAUUAAUGAGUGUGCAGAUCUGACACACCCACCUUGCCACCCCUCUGCAAAGUGCAAGAACACCAAGGGAAGCUUCGAGUGUUUGUGCACAGACCCCUAUGUGCUCGGUGAGGAUGAGAGGACCUGCAUAGAUUCUGGCAGGCUACCUCGGGCAUCCUGGGUCUCCAUUGCACUGGGUGCACUUCUCAUUGGUGGUUUGGCCAGUCUCACGUGGACUAUAAUUUGCAGGUGGACACAUGCUGAUAAGAAAUCUACAUUGCGGAUCACAGAAAGAGAUGCAAGAGUGACCACCCAGCCAGAAUUCAGAAAGAGUCAGGAGAGGGGCAUUUCACCACACAAGGUGGCAUCUCAAGACACUGGACAGGUGCCUUCCAAACAGCUGUCUAAUACAGACCCCUGUUCUAUCCUUUACUCCCCCUCCUUCUAG